CGUAAUUGCCGUUGAUUCUUAUGAAAACGAGCUGGCUCGUACCGUAGGCUCCAUCCGUCAGCUCACGCUCACGCACACACACUCGAAGUGACAAAACACCACCGACGAUGAAGCCCUGCAGCGUGCCGACAAUCGAGAGGUAUGCCGCCGGCGACAACGGCGACAGCAAGCACCCUAAUAAGGGCGACGGUGCGGGGUUGCUGAUCCGGCCGUCCCGGCUAUUCUACCUCACCGUGCUCUCCACCGCCUUCUGGACCCUGGUAUUCUACUUCAACUCCACCGCGCAAGGCAACGUGGCGUCGACCGUCCUGUUCAAGCGGUCGGCUUUCUCCCUGCCGUCGUCCUUCCGCUUCGUCCGGGACCGGUGCGCCGGCCGGUACAUCUACAUGUACGACCUGCCGGCCCGGUUCAACGCCGACCUCGUCCCGGCCUACCAGAAGCACUCCCCCAUCACCGACAUGUCCAACGACGGGCUCGGCUCGCCGAUCACGCCAGACCAGGACGGCGCCGGCUUCCUGCCGGAGAAGGGAGCCUACGACACGGACCAGCACGUGCUGGGGAUGAUCUUCCACGCCCGGAUGAAGCGAUACGAGUGCCUAACACACGACCCGGCCGCCGCGGCCGCCGUGUUCGUCCCGUUCUACGCCGGGUUCGACGCGUCGAUGCGGCUCUGGAAGACCGACCUCCCGGAGCGGGACGCCCUGGCACGGGACCUGGUGGAGUGGCUCACUCGCCGGCCCGAGUGGCGCGCCAUGGGCGGCCGCGACCACUUCCUCGUGGCCGGGCGUGUCGCGUGGGACUUCCUCCGCGGCAAGGACGACAACGGCUGGGGCACUACCUUCCUCACCUUCCCAGCCAUCCGCAACACGACGGUGCUCAGCAUCGAGGCCAGCCCGUGGGUCGGCCACGACUUCGGGGUCCCGUACCCGUCGCACUUCCACCCUGCCUCCGACGCCGACGUGGCCGCCUGGCAGGGCCGCAUGCGGCAGGCGGGCCGUAAGUGGCUCUGGGCCUUCGCCGGCGGGCCGCGCCCGGGGAGCAAGAAGACCGUGCGCGCCCAGAUCAUCCAGCAGUGCAGCGACUCCAGCACGUGCGCCACGUUCGCCAGCGCCACGGGGCACCACAACUCGCCGGGCCGGAUCAUGGCGCUGCUGGAGAGCGCCCGGUUCUGCCUCCAGCCGUGCGGGGACUCCUUCACGCGCAAGUCCACCUUCGACGCCAUCCUCGCCGGCUGCAUCCCGGUCUACUUCCACCCGCUCUCGGCCUACGUCCAGUACACGUGGCACCUGCCCAGGGACUACAGGAGCUACUCCGUGUUCAUCCCGCAGGCCGACGUGGCACGGCGGAACGUGAGCAUCGAGGAUGUCCUGAGGAAGAUACCGCCCGCCCAGGUGGCGCGGAUGCGGGAGGAGGUCAUCCGGCUCAUACCCAGGGUCAUGUACAGGGAUCCGACGGCCAAGGAUACGUCGUUCAAGGACGCCUUCGACGUGGCCGUCGACGCCGUCGUCCACCGGGUGGCCAAGCGUCGGCGUGCCGCGGCGGAGGGCCGGGAGUACGUGGACAGCGUCGACGGGAAUGACAGCUGGAAGUACGACUUGCUAGAGGAUGGGCAGAACCAUGUAGGUCCGCACGAGUUCGAUCCGUAUAUGUGAAACCAGCUACAGAUUUAGUUUGUCCAACAAACGAGUGUAUUGGUUAAGUGUUUUCUCACUUAACUUAUACGCGGCAUUUAUGCACUUAAUUUAGUUUUUUAGAAGCAUAUAUUUCUUCUAAGUUUACUGAGAAAUCUUUGUGUUUAA